AUCUCAAGCACCUCCUUUGGGUAGUUUGAGUCGUGCGGGCCGUGCAUCCUGCCACUUCAAAGAUGGGAUGCGGCAGCAGCAAAGACGCUCCAGCAAGGACUGUUCAAGCAGUGGAGAGUGAUGCUCAGGGCCGCCAAGCUUCUGAGCGUGAGAGGUUGAUGGAGGAAGGCACAGCUAAAGAAGCGAGCACCGUCAAGGCUUCACAGCCUUUGAUUGCCAAGUCAGGGAACAAGGAUACACAAAAGAUUAUUGACAAGAUCCAGAAUGGUGAGGACUUCGAAGCGAACAAAUGGCGGUGCCUCCACUCCCCAGACUUUGCCUACUACAGCCUCAGCCCGUUUGCACAGUUGGAAGUAGAGAUAGUGGAAGCUCGCAAACUAAUCCCUUCAGUGACCAGUGGCUUCGAAUCCUAUGUAGGGGAUGAGCCGGACGGUUUUGUGAAGGUCUUUGUGGACGACACCUUCAAGUAUUCCACCAGGUGUAUCAAUAACGACCGCAAUCCAAAAUGGCAGGAUCGGCGCAGAGUUGUUGACAUCGUGGCUGACAGAUCCAUCAUCCGAUUGCACGUCUAUGACUCUGACUCCAGUGACAACUCAACACUGAUCGACCCCAUUGGCUUUGUGGAGUUUUGCAUCGGCGAUAUCCCGUUUGACCAUGAUAUCGACGGAUGGUUGGAACUUCGGUUCCCAGGCAAUCUGCAAGGCUACAAUACGGACCGCUAUGCUGAGCACAUGGCAAUGCGCGAGGAAGAGAGAGGCACCCACAUGCCGACCACGCGGUUGGGCAAAGAAAAAGGAAAGGAAGAGGACAAGAACGACAAAAGCAAAAAGAACAGCAAGAAAGAUGAUCUCCCGGAGGCGGUGGAGCCGGCAGAUCUGUACAAGGUCGAGGCGCAGGUGAUCAGAGAAUCUGUGGCGAACCGAAUGUUCAAACGCUUACGUCGCGCAGGCACGCGCGCUAAUCCAAACGCAGAUGCACCUCCCAAUACUCAGUUCAACGCUGGUGAGAUUCACGUGAAGUUGAAGCUGGUCCGGUGCGUAAGUGAAAACACAGCCCUGUUCGCCAAAGCAUUGGUGCCAUCAUGCACUUCCUUUGCAAGUUUUAUCCAGGAGGAGUUUUUGCCGAAGCUGGAUGUUCAGGAGUUGCUGGACGACACCUUAGACCUCAAAAUAGAGAUCGUCGACGAAAUGCUCUUUGCAGUCUAUGCCUUUGCUUGCUACGUGUUGGCAUGGCGUUCGAUCAUCGUUUCAGGGCUGCUCUUCAUUGCUGUCGCGUGUGGGGUGAAGUCUUCAAUGUUGGUCUACGCUUUUGGGCAUCUGUGGAUGGCAAUGAUACUUGUGCUGUUGAAGUUUGACAACUGGCGGCUUCCAAUGACAAUGAAUGGGCAAAAUGCGCCAUUGAACGAGGAAGGUUUCCGCUUCGUAGCUCGGUGCCGUGAUGUCUACGAGAUGCACGCCUACUUGCUGCGAAUGAUUGCGUCCAGAAGCGGAAGCAUCAACAGCAUGCAGGAGCUGCUUCACUUCUCAGGGACGAUCGUGCAGGGAGAUGGUGAGUUGACCGUGACCUUCGAUGAGCUUUUGAAGGCUCUACGUGAAUUGUGGUUCUUGGAGUUCCCCAAAGGAAUCACACAUUUGGAAGUGAACUCGCUAGUUCGAGUCCAUGAUCGACGCAGAGGCACUGUGACGAAAAUCGAGACGAACAGCAAAGUGGCUACGAGCAAUCCCCAUCGUCAACAGAUUCAUGUCCUGUUCGACGAGGAAGGGUCCACUCCAAUGGACUCAGCGCUGGAUGGUGUCUAUGAUGCCUGGGAUGUGUCGGUCCGACCAUCUGUUCCGGCAAUUCCUCGCUUCUUGGUGCCACAAACGAUCUUGAGUUUGGUGGCAACGCUGCAACUCGAGGUAGAUACCUACAAGAAGACAAUCUUGCCAGUUGCUGAUUCCAUCCGAGAAUUUUUCCAUUGGCGGAAGCCAAAGUGGAUGGCCUUGGUUCUGUCACUCCUCCUCUUCAGAUCCUAUGUGUCCUUCGAGGGCUUUCUGGAUGAGAACAGCUGGUGUCAUUUCGCCCUGAAGGUCAUGAGUGUGAUACGCAAUGUAGUUCUUGGCGUUCUCAUCAUAGUUGUUCUCUUUGGACAAGCUCGAAUUUGGAAAGUUGGCCGUGGUUUGGUGAUGCUUGCAGUAAACAAGAUUUCCGAAAAUCGCAAGGCGCCGACCUGCUGGGCGUUCUACAAGGAUCAUUCUGAAGCAUACUUCGCUAAGAAGAAGAAAGCGGAGUGAGGCCUCAUACAAGGCGGUACAUGACACGAAUCCGACAUGAUGCAGGUGAUUCCUGGCAACAAACUGUUGGACAUGGAAGUCAUUUGCAGACUUUCAGCUUUGGGGCAGUAGUCAGUGGUACCUUUCCGCGCUCGUUGUCA